UUUCCGAGAUAAGAUGUGGCUGUUAAUAAUCACAGUCAGUUUGGUCCAAGGCCUCGCAGCUUCGGGGACGUUUGAGAGAAGAAGAGGUGUGGAUCCAGAAACAACCAUGAAUGUUAGUGAAAUUAUUUUAUUCAGAGGAUAUCCCAGUGAGGAAUAUGAGGUGGUGACAGAUGAUGGAUACAUCCUAAAUAUUAACAGAAUUCCUCAUGGGAAAACAAGUCAGAAAACCAAGGAACUGAAACCAGCUGUGUUUCUGCAGCAUGGUUUGCUUGCUGACAGCAGUAACUGGGUGACCAACCUAGACUACAACAGCCUGGGUUUUAUCCUAGCUGAUGCUGGUUAUGAUGUUUGGUUAGGGAACAGCAGAGGAAACACUUGGUCCAGAAAACAUGUCAACUACACCACGAAGCAACAAGAAUUCUGGAUGUUCAGUUUUGAUGAAAUGGCUAAGUAUGACCUUCCUGCUUCAAUAAACUUCAUCUUGAACAAAACUGGCCAGGAGCAACUCUUCUAUGUUGGCCAUUCUCAAGGCACCACGAUAGCUUUCAUUGCAUUUUCAACUUUGCCAGAGCUGGCAAAAAAGAUAAAAAUGUUUUUUGGAUUGGGACCAGCUGUAUCUGUGAAGUUUUCAUCCAGCCCUUUGGUCAAACUUGGAAUGUUUCCUGAACUGCUGCUCAAAGAAAUAUUUGGAACUAAACAGUUUCUUCCCCAGAACUCUGUUAUGAGAUGGCUUGCUACCCAUGUGUGUGACCAUACCUUACUUGACUUUCUUUGUGGCAACAUUUUUUUUCUCCUAUGUGGAUUUAAUGAGAAAAACCUAAACAUGACCCGAAUAGAUGUGUAUUCAACCCACUGCCCAGCUGGAACAUCUGUCCAGAAUAUGAUUCACUGGAGUCAGGCUAUAAAGUCUGGGGAAUUCAAAGCAUUUGACUGGGGAAGCAGAAAAGAAAAUAUGGCUCACUAUAAACAGCCAACACCACCUCUCUACAAAACAAAAGAGAUGCUUGUUCCAACUUCUAUUUGGACGGGUGGCCACGACUGGCUUGCAGACACAAAGGAUACUGCCCUCUUACUGACUCAGAUCCCAAACUUAAUAUACCACAAGAACAUCCCAGAAUGGGAACAUCUGGAUUUCAUCUGGGGGCUUGAUGCCCCACAGCGCAUGUACAGAGAGAUGAUUCAGUUGAUGCAUAAAUUUCAGUAGGCCUAUUGAUUAUUCGGAGUUGUAGUCCCAAAAAACCAGCACAGUUGUGAAAAGGAAGUCCAGAUUUUUAAAUAUUAUAGUAUUAAUAUAGUAUUAAUCUGACACAUGCCUUCUUGCAAUACCUCAAGAAAUGGAAAUUUUGCGCUGCUGAUAGAUGUUUAAAUCCAUGCAGCUUUAAUGGAAAGGCAGAAAUUAGGAACUGAAUGACAAUAAAUGCCUUACAGUGCUGCUAUUCUUGCACUAUUAUAUUGGGAUGAUUUUUGAAAUGAGGGAAAGGGAAGAGUGGGGGGAAUUAAAAUUUACUGAAUCUUGCUAGCAUCCAUGAUACUGAGGCUGUUAAAGCUGUUUAAAAAAAAAGCCAGGGUUUUGGUUUUAUUUGGCUUACUUUGUUGGAGCAGAUUCCUUUCAUAGUUUGGAUUUGGAAUAUAAGAGGAUAAUCCAUGAUUAUAAUUAGUAAUGACUUAAAUUUAACAUCUGUGAAGUCUGUAUUUCCUGCUCAUUCCAAAGCACAUUCCUUGUUUGCUUAAAAUAUGAAAGAAGCAUUUGGAAAGCUGCAUCUUGAUUCUCUAAACACAAAAGGUCCUGGAACUUUUACAAAGCAGGUUCUGUGGUUUAAAAUCCUUCUGUGGUCCAGGAAUCUAGCAACACAUGCUUAAAGAUGUAAUACUGGAAGAACAAGUAUUUUUACUUUUUUCAGUAAGGAGAAGCUUGCAGGGCAGGUUUCUGAGUUGUCAUAAUUUUUGGAACAGAUGCAUGCAUUAUAUUUUGGGGGCAUCUGGAAGACCUGGGUGUUUUAGAGGGAGUGAGUAUUUUAAAGGCAACAUCAUGUGCAGCACUUAUUUAAAAGACUCGUCUCUUGGAAAUAAACUCUUGAUCUUUUAAAAUGAAAUAUGCUUCAAGCUCCUUAGUUGCUGUACUGCAAGUUUUGAAUGUGUAUUAGAAUUAAAUAUUGAAUGAAGUGGGUUGUA